CCUCCACACCGCCGCCCACUACCAUGCAGUGGCGCGCGCGCACCGUCGUGGGAGUGGGUGCUGGUCUUGGUCUGAGCUGCUGCUGCUGCUGCUGCUGAGGGUCCAGGAUGGGUUAGUCUCGUCAUGUGCGUGUGGCUCCGGGCGUCGAUACAGCUUGAUUCGGACCAGGACUUGGGGCGCAGCGUGAGUCAAGCCAGCUCGCAGAUUGAGACUCCCAUGUCGGCUGAGAGAAGAGUCGUCGGUGCGCAUCUUUGACACAUCCAUCCGGAGGAAAGUCAUCGUUUUGGCCCCAUGGAGGACAGACUUUGCCGGUACUGAGGUGGAAUAUCCCGGGCCGAGGGAGAACGGAUAGCGAAGCACCCCCUUUUUGCGAGGAUACCCUUUCAUUUUCUCCAUUUGAUUUUCAAGAUGGAUUGAGAAAAGACCGGAUCCUUUUGCAUUCUUAAUUAGGAGGCAGCCGCAUACGAGACACCGGGGAGGGGGUGUCGUUGGACGGCGAGGGCCCACUGCUGCUUGCCGUAUAGAACGGAAGAGGACACCGGAGGAGGAAAGAAGGGAGGGUGGGAGGGGUACCCCGGGUAGCCUACACCGGGAGCCAGGGGCUGGCUGUGAAGCGGCUCCAUGAGGAGGGAGAGCCCUGCAGAGCCCAGCCGGAGUAGAGAGAGAGAGAGGACGAGUGGUGGCGGGCCAGUUGGGAAGUUUGGAUGCAUAUGAUCACAACCACCAUGAUUUUUAUGAUUCUGGGUGCUUCAGUUGUUAUGGCGAUCGCCUGUUUAAUGGACAUGAACGCACUACUGGAUCGCUUUCACAACUACAUCCUGCCACAUCUACGAGGGGAGGACCGCGUCUGUCACUGCAACUGUGGGAGACAUCAUGUGCACUAUGUCAUUCCGUACGAUGGGGACCAUUCCCUGGUGGACUCCUCAGAGAACUACUUUGUAAGUGACAGUGUGACCAAGCAAGAGAUGGACUUAAUGCUGGGCCUGCUGCUGGGCUUCUGCAUCAGCUGGCUCUUGCUGUGGCUGGAUGGCGUCUUGCACUGCGCCGUCAGGGCCUGGAGGUCGAGCCGCUACUACGAUACGCCGUCCUGGUCUUGGCUGCCGCAAUUCUGCAACCUUCGAGAGUUGCGUCGUAGGGCCCAGCUCCGACAGUUGGACGACUCCAGUGGCAACAUGGUGCACAUCAAGCAGAAGCUCUACCACAAUGGCCACCCAAGCCCCCGUCACCUCUGACUCAACAACAGAAACACAACCAACCAACCAGUCCAGAAUUUUCCUUUUCACCCGCCCCUAAACCUCACGGCAGGUGGCCUCACGGGAAUCUCCGCACACCACCCUGAUAACAUUGCCCUCUAAAAAGCCCUAAGAGAACUUUCCUCAGUCAGAUGCAGGCUCCCAUCAGCCCCAGAGAAAGUCCCAAAUGAAGUCAGGUCCAACAUUUUGGGAGCAGGAACAACAACAACAAAACAUUUUUAAGGGUGGUUUUUUUCCUGUAUAGAGACAUUUUCUGUGUUCAUUGUUUAACUUGGCAUGCUCUUUUAGAACAGGGUAUGACGUGGGCAGUGUUUGCAUUUUUAUUUUGGGUGGGAGACUUGUUGCUUUGGGGAGGUGUGGGCGGGGGGUGAAUGCAAUUCCUGGGUGGGUGGGUUUUUGUGAUGUUAGAUUGCUGCUUGUGUAGAUAUGUAAAAAUAUGGACCAGAGGGGUUAAAAAAAACAGGGGGGUGAUGACUUGUUCCUCACGAAAUGAUUGGCUUGCUAGGUCCAGAAUUCAGCAAUGGAAGAGGAAGCUAAGUCUGUUUUAAAAAUGGAUGUGAAACCAUGUGAAAUACGGCCAAAGAAGAGCCACAGACAAAUUAGCUUUAUAGUGAAUUAACUGAAUGUAAUAUUUUCUUUUUCAUGUAAAUAUUUGAAGGGGAAUGCACGACAAGGGUUGUGGUUUGGGUUCUCUUUGCUUCAUAUCUUUAUUAUUUCGGAGAAUACACGGAAGUUUUUAGUUUUUAUGUAUGUAGACCCCUUUUCAUUUUCUCACUGUUGUUUACAGGCUGUUGGCCAAGCAGAAUUCACAAAGCUCAAGCAGAACUACCCAAGAUAACCCAAACUAAUGAAAUAAUUCCCGAUACCUCCCAUGAGGAAUAAAAACCCUGUAAAAGAAUAAAAGCUCUGUAAAAUGUUUUCAAAUACAUUUAACAUAUUUGAAGAUAUUGGAAGGCUUUUUAGUGAAUAUAUUUUUGCGGCUCACACAGAAAUGAGUUGACAUAAGCAGGAUGUGCUUUCACACAUUGAUCAUAGAUGUCCACAACGUUUCAAAGAUGGAGACAACGGCAAAGAUUGAGACGACGGUUAACAACCGUCUGUUAUGCAUUACAUUUAAAAGACAUUUAUUUUCACUUUACAGGCACUUUAAGUGGUCAUUUGUUUCCCAUGUUUCACAACUGAUCAAUGUGUACGGUGUACACAAGGAUAAACUCCACACUAAAAGUGUCCAAAUUAGUCAAUAAAUUGACACGUAAUUGAUCAUCAAAUUAAUCUACUGUGUAUUUUAGUAAUCAAUUAUUUGUUUAACGUCAUUGUCAAAAUUGAUCAAGUGAUCUGAUUUUCACCUGUCAACAGUAAUUAUAGAAAUUGAUGUAUUAUUGAUUUAAUCAAUGAUUUCUGUAGUCAUUCAUGAAAGCAGACUAAUUAUAUUUGGUGUUUAAUCAAAUUUACUAUUCACAAAUAUCUGUUUUCAAUUUGUAUAACAAUGACCAAAUCAGUAACUGGAUCAGUUUCAAAAAGUUUGAUGAGGCCAACUUCUAUUCUACUUGUGUGAUAUUGCUCAACAUUUUUUUUUUAUCACUAAACAAUACAAAAUACACAAUAAUUGAUUAAUAAAUAUUAAUCAGGAACAAAAAUAUUUUUGAAGUACAAUUUUAUGCAAAAUAAUAUUUGAUCAGAUUAUUGGAAUAAUCAAUGGAAUAAUUGAUUGAAUAGAUAACCCCCCUCAGAAAAAAAGUUAUGCUUUGAGUCAUGACUUCUGUGUCACUGACACUGUAAACUUCACACAACACCUUUGCAGCAGGUAAUGUACUAUGUGACAUCUGUGAAACUGACGUUUACGAUCGAUAACAUGCUGUAAGCAUUUCAGCAGUGACCCGAAAGUGCUCGCACACAUUUAUGUAAUCACCUCUCACUUCUGACCAUCAGCCAUUAAGCGCAGGGAACCCUCACCAGAUCCCCGCUCGCCCACCCUCUUGAUGUCCAGACAUUGCUGUUGUGAGGAUGAAAUGUCUGUUUUAUUAAAAGUGCUAUUGAAGCACAGCAGUGACCUCU